AUGUCGUCAUCGCAUCGUGACCCCCCAGAAAACACCCCUCCAGAUGACAUCCCAGAUGUCGGCACCGAUGUCCAAGAGGAUGGUCGGAUCGAUCUGGAUCUCGAUUCCCACGCCUGCCAAACCGUGGUCAAGUUGAUCAACUGGCCCAGCGAAGAAGAAGUCCUCGUCCCCCCCGUCGCCGAUUUCGACCCCUACACCACCUGCGAUAUCAAAUUAAAUAUCGUUAUUCAAGUCGUCGGAAGCCGCGGUGAUGUCCAGCCGUUUGUCGCCCUCGGAAAUGAAUUGCAGAAAUAUGGCCAUCGCGUGCGCUUGGCCACCCACAAUACUUUUGACUCGUUCGUCCGGCAAUCGGGUCUGGAGUUCUACCCGGUCGGCGGUGAUCCAGCAGAAUUGAUGGCAUACAUGGUGAAGAAUCCGGGCUUGAUACCGAAGAUGAAGAGUCUGCGAGAGGGAGAUAUAAAGAAGAAACGGAGGAUGGUCGCAGAGAUCCUCCAAGGAUGCUGGAAGUCGUGCAUUGAGGACGAUCCCAUUUCCAAGACACCGUUUGUGGCAGACGCCAUCAUUGCCAAUCCGCCUAGCUUUGCCCAUGUACAUUGCGCUCAGGCAUUGGGUAUACCGGUUCAUAUGAUGUUUACCAUGCCUUGGAGUAGCACGCGGGAAUACGCUCAUCCUUUGGCAAACCUCAAAUAUUCAUCCACAAAUCCCAACUUUGCCAAUUAUGCAUCCUACGGGAUUGUUGAGUGGAUGACUUGGCAGGGUCUUGGAGAUGUUAUCAACAGUUUCCGAUCGACUAUCGAUCUCGAAGCGGUCCCUAUGACUGAAGGUCCGAACCUGGCAGAAACACUCAAGGUACCAUUUACCUACUGCUGGUCACCGGCCUUGAUGCCCAAGCCGAAAGACUGGCCGUCGCAUAUUGAUGUUUGCGGAUUCUUCUUCCGUGAUCCACCGGAUUACUCCCCUCCCCCGGAUUUAGCACACUUUCUACAAUCCGGACCAACACCGAUAUAUAUAGGCUUUGGAAGUAUUGUCAUCGACGAUCCUCCACGAGUCACAGCUAUACUCCUCGAAGCGAUCCGGGCUACCGGAGUUCGAGCAGUGAUUUCACGAGGAUGGAGCAAACUCGGUGGUGACUCCACAGAUGAUAUAUUUUACCUAGACGAUUGUCCCCAUGAAUGGCUCUUUCAGCAUGUUACUGCCGUUAUCCAUCACGGCGGUGCGGGAACUACCGCCUGCGGAUUGCGGUUUGGUCGGCCUACUACCAUUGUGCCAUUUUUUGGAGAUCAAACAUUUUGGGGAAAUAUGGUCGCUGCUUCAGGUGCUGGACCACCGCCGAUUCCUAAUCGUUCCUUGGAUGCAAAGAAUCUCGCAGACGCUAUUCGCUUCUGCGGUCUGCCCGAAACUGUAGCAGCGGCUGGAGACAUUGCCGACCGAAUGAGCGCAGAAACGGGAGUACAGACAGCUGUUGAGUCUUUUCACCGGAAUUUGCCCGUCGAUGAGAUGCGCUGUCAGAUUCUUCUCAACGAGCCCGCAGUGUGGUCGUACAAGAAAUCAGGAACGAAGCCGCUGUGUCUAUCGAGAAAGGCGGGCGAGAUAUUACUUGAUCAUUCAUGUGUGGAGCCAAAAGCUUUGCAAUUGUAUGAAGCAAGGCCCAUUAUCAUACAAACUCGACGGUGGGAUCCUGUCACAGGAACCAUGUCGGCAUUUGUUGGAGCAAGUGCAGACAUGGUAAAGUCAGCUUCAGAUGUAGUGAUCAGACCAUAUCGAGAAAUAAACCGUCGUCAAUCCGAUUCCUCUAGUUCUGCUACACCACGAUCUCAACGCUCUCAGUCUACAACAGACCGAGACAUGCAGGCUCUGAGUGAAAUGCCAGAGUCAGCAAUACGAGAAGAAAGAAAGCCAAGCUGGGACACAACCGCAGUCGCCUUGGGCCAAUCUGCAAAGGGCGUCGGUAAAUUGGUCGGCAAAUACUACAAGGGUAUGGGGGUUGAUGUUCCUCUCGCUACGACAGAAGGACUGCGGGCAGUUCCCCGACUGUACGGAGAGGAAGUCAAAGAAUACGAACCAAUCCGGGACUUGCGAAGUGGUUUGAGUGUUGGUGGGAAGAACUUUACUCACGGCAUCACGGAGGGAGUCGCUGGUCUUCUGAAGCAGCCUUAUAAAGGGGCUGUAAAAGAAGGGCCAAUCGGCGUGGUCAAGGGAUUUGCCAAGGGAGGGAUUGGACUUGGAUCGAUGGUUUCAUCCGCUGCCCUCGGCCUAGUAGCAUAUCCAGGCCAUGGACUGUGCAAGACGAUCCAUGCGGCGAUUAAGUCAAAGACGAGAAAGAACAUAGUGAAUGCACGACACCGAGAGGGUAGGUAUUUGGUACAUGUUGACACGGAGAUAGACCGCGAGGCUAUCAUUGAUUCAUUCGAGGUGUUGAAGCAGAAUAAUAUCUCGACCCGGUCGUCAUGGCGAACAGAAUCUUCAUGA